AUGAAGUUGGUUCUAUGUGUGCUCCUUCUCAUCGGAGUAGCCGUUGCAAUGCGGAAACAAGGUGUCGCAGUGAAGGGAGUUCUCAAAUGUGGAACUGUUUUUGCAAAUAAUACAAAAGUCAGAAUUGUGGAUAUCGAUACGGGGCCGGAUCCAGACGACACUUUGGAUGAGAAGAGAACUGGCGAGGAUGGCGCAUUUGCAUUGACUGGAUCCACUCAUGAAUUGACUUCCAUUGAUCCUGUUCUCUACAUUUGGCACGAGUGUAAAGAUGAGCAAACUCCUUGCUCCCGCAAGAUCAAAUUCGUCAUCCCGAAGAAAUUCAUUCACGGAGGCACUCCAACCGAUGAGCAAUGGGUCGAUAUUGGCGUUUUGAAUCUGGAAGGAUCCUUCGACAACGAGGGGCGUGAAUGUGUUAAGGAUAAUUAG